AUGCCGUCGAUGUCACCAAUGGCGGGCAUGACCCCGAUGUCGAGUUUGUCGAUGCAGAUGCACCAUCAAAGCCACGUGAUGGACUACGGUGGCGGAGUUCACUACCCUUCCUACAACCCGGGUCCGCACCACUUCCAAUCCCCGAGCCAGUCGUCCUACUGGUUCUCGGCCCCGACAUCGAGCCACAGCCAGAUCCCCGAGCCGCUGACCCCGUCCUACACGAUGCAGUCGAUGCCGUGCAGCCCGAGCUCCUGGAGCACCCAGGCUCACAUGCCCCCGGUGAUCCCCCCCCAGCAGUACCCGAUGCCUCCGACACCCCCCGGCCUUCCAACGAGUCCCCAGACGCACGCAACCCCUUAUCAGUGGCCCCCGAUGCCCUUGACGCCGCCGGCUGAGCACCGGCUGAUGGGGAACGAGGAGGCGAAACCGGCGUCGAGGAAGUGCACCAGGUGCCAAUGCCCGAACUGCCUGAUGGACGGCGUGGCGCCGCUGAACGCCGACGGAAAGCGUCAGCACAUUUGCCACGUGCUCGGGUGCGGCAAGGUCUACGGAAAGACGUCACACCUGAAAGCCCACAUCCGGUGGCACACCGGCGAACGGCCCUUCGUGUGCUACUGGGUAUUUUGUGGGAAAAAGUUCACGAGGAGCGACGAACUGCAGCGACACCUCAGGACCCACACUGGGGAAAAGAGGUUCUCCUGCACCACCUGCGACAAGAAGUUCAUGCGGAGCGACCACCUCACCAAACACGUCAAGACCCACGAAAAUCAGAAAAGAAAAUCCUCCAGGAAGGACGCCAACAAGGAGAACGAGACCGCUGUUUCCGCCUUCCUGCCAGACCCCCUUUCCCCCCGACAGUAUCACAUCCCUGGACGCUAUCCCGAGCCCUGAAAUGCGACGAAGACGAAGGAGAAGAAGAUUGAUAUUGUCAUUCGAUUACACGCGCUUGCUAAUUAAGACGCGCGCUAACAUCCGAUGUUUGGAUUCUGAGGCUCCGAAAAAUUCAAAAUCGGACUAAAAGCGAUUAAGCUUGUUCCCAUCGUAUGCAAACUAUUCGAAAUAAUCGAUAAGAGAUAAUUAUUGAUCAGUUUCUUUUCAACAAAAUUGUUUCUCAAAAGUCGUCCAGUUCAGGAAGUUCGGAAUUCGACACCUCGGGUGUUCGCAUCGAUUCUCUGAUGCCUGUGCAUACAAUAUACCUGUAGAUGUAUCUUCGCUGCGAUUGAUCCGAUUGUACACUGUACGUAAA